AUGCAAGGCCUAGCAACCGGUCUCAUGGUGAUAUUCGGAUUCAGGGCGGUCGAUAACCUACGACCCACUGAAUUUUGGUCCACAAACGAUUUUCAAGUUGGUGGACUUCCCUCCAAAUGUGGUUCAAUCUACAUUAAUACUGGAAUUGAAGAGCCAAAUCAACUAUUAUCUGGUCUUAUUCAUACAAAACAAACAAUAGAACAACUUGAAUUAUUGACUGCUGCCUGUCAAUCGAAAUCUGCUAUUCUACUUGAAGGUGAUAUUUGUUCAAGAAAAUCUGUCAUAGAACUUGCUCAUGUAACACGCAAUCAUUUGAUUGUUAUACCACUUCAUGAAAAUUUUAAAACAUCAGAUUUAAUUGGUACAUGGUUACCGUCAACAGUAGACACACGUGAUAAUACAUUAUUUGUAUAUGCAUCAUUGAACUCAGUUCAAAAAAUUUUAUCAUAUAGUGACUUUUAG